AGCGUUGCCGUUCCAAAAAUGUAGAAAACCGGGUCCGCCAUUGUUCGAAGUCGGCUGUUUUAUGGCCGUGCCUUCGCCCAAAUCGUUAAAAUUCUCGCGUCACUGUUUCAUUGGGGAGUGUUUGGAAUGAUCUGAGGGCCCCCCGGGUCGAGGCGGCCGUCCCAAGGCCCAGCACGGAGUGCCAAAGUUCGACAGUCAACAGUGUGUUAUUUCCCAAACAUCGAUUCAACCUUUCGAAUUUGUGCGGUUGUCUUAUUAUCACUUGAGGGCCCGCCGUAAAAGGCCCCAACCGACGACGGGAUCGUUUAAAUUGGUUUUUAUUAGCCGUAACAGCGCGAUUUCGGGCCGUUUGGGCGCCCAGAAGACUUCGCCCGGAUGACAGGGUCUGUAAUUUUGUUGCGAAACCUAACUAGUUGAAGCACUGAGUGUCCCUCACUCUCGCUACUAUGCCACCAGAUUGACCAAUUCUCUGUGCAUCAACCAAAAUGUCGGGAGGCCCUCCCCAUCACCCCCACAGCAGGCCUGCGCCUCCAACAAACCCCGCCUGGAACCACCUCCAAGUACCGAACUUUUUCCCAAGUCGGCAACCUCAGCUCGCUCACAUGUCAAACGAACAUUCCCUUCUACAUCAACCGACUUGGCACACGCCAACUACCGAACCAAUGAAAACCAUCCCGACUUCGCACAUUUUCAGCCUCGAGCAAAUGCUCUCCGAAAGACAGUUUCCGCGAUCCGGUGUCGAUUUAUCAGUGACUCGAAACGGCAGCAGCCAAAACGGCGAAAUACUCACCACAACUCCGAUUAGUUUAAGUGUGCGCGAUACGAACAAAAUCAACAGUUUACCGGCGAGUGCUUUGGACAUUCAACCCGUCGUCGAAGUGAAAAACGUCAAAUCGAUUAGUCCGAAAAAUUCGAAAAAACGGGUCGAUUCGAUCCUCGAAAGACUCAAUCCGAAUCUCGAGAAGGCGAACGAAGAGAGUGUUAGUGUGAUCGUGCAGGCGAGUUCGCACGACGAAAACAGCAAUUCGAGUAGUUUAAACGUACCGACCAACGACGAGGUUGUCUCACCUUAUAGCAAUGAAGAUAGCUUGGACAGCAAUAAGUCGAGACGGAAACGAAAGCCAAGCAAAACGGUCCGUGUGACGAAAGAGGAACUUCCAGACCAAAGCACUGUCAAAGUCGACGAUAAUGAAGAAGUAAGUGAGGAGAAGAAAAUCCCAGAACGGCGGAGAUCGUCCGAGGAAGAAGUACCAGCGAAAACUCGACGGAAAACUUCCUCCGAAUCGGAGACAAUAGACAACAUAGCAGCAAUGGUUCAGGAAAGCUUGAAAAGCAACGAAGUGAACCAUGACUCUAAAGCAAUCUCUGUUAGUGUAAUUAAAACUAAUGAAAAUAUGCAAGAAAGUGAUUCGACAACGGCGCCGAAAAAAGCCACCAAUACGCAAUUUGUCGAAGUUGAAAAUAAAUUAGAAGAAAUGUUUGCCGGGAUUGAAGAUACGAGUGAUCCUCUCAAGACUGAUAAUGAAACGAAAGGGGAUUUAUCGAUGGCUACGACGAGUCAAGAUAAUGUCACUUCAACAUCCAACGAUUUGACGGUGUUGAAGAAAUCCCCCAAAAAGGGUAAAAGGAAACAAAGACGGAUGCAAUCUGAGUCAACCCCAAAGAAGAAACUCGGGAAGAAAGCUGGUAAGACUGCUUUAAAACUGACCAAAACAAAGAAAAACUCAAAGAUUGAAGCAAUGAAAGACGUGUACGCUUACGAUUCGGGUAGCAACGCUAGUUCAAGUAAAUCCCGUGGCCCUUUCAUCCAAAUCCGUGGUCCUCGUGAUUCGCCUCUUUCCGUCAGUGUGAUCAACACACCGACGAACGACGACGACUCCGAUCGAAAACCACACAAAACGAAGAAAUUCCACGACGACAGCGAAUACAGACACAAGGUACGUUCCAAAGGCCUCCACUGUAGCACCUUGAGCAACCAAUACGACGCCCAAACCAAAGACACCUCCUGGAUUUGCGCCUUCUGCAAACGGGGGCCUCACGCGACUGAGACCUCCGGCCCAACCCUCAACACCUCAAUACCGGCUCCUGGCGACCUCUUCGGCCCCUACUUCAUCUCGGGUAAUUCCCCGGAGUUUGAGCGGCGGCUGGAGGACCCCUUCGACAAGCAGUUCAAGAGUAAGAAAAUCGCGCGAACGCUUGACGGAAACGUCAAGGUGAAGAAGAAGCGGAAGCACUCGAUGGAAGAGGACGCGUUUCUGGGAAUCACCGAAACGGGCAACGGGUUCGAGGUGUGGGCGCACGAGGACUGCAUCGUGUGGUCGGAGGGGGUUUACCUAGUGGGCCCCAAAAUUGUGGGCUUGGAGGAGGCCGUGUGGACGAGUUGUAACGUGGCGUGCGGGAAGUGCCACCUCAAGGGGGCGAACAUUUGCUGUUUGAAGAGGGGCUGUCUGAGAGUGGCGCACGUGUGCUGUGCGCGGUUGACGGAGUGGCACUUUGACGAGGAGAAUUAUAAGACUUUUUGUCCCGAACACAGGGUUGUGUGAUUUUUUUAUUGGGUUUGACGUGAUUUUAUUGUGUUGCUAUUUUGUAAAUGAUUGUAAGAUAUUCUUUCCAUCAGUAUUGUGUUUUUUUAAUUCGUGAUUGCAAAAUAGCAUUGAGGAUUACUUAAUUCGAUGGAUGUUCCAUACGGAAAUGUUUGAUUUGAUGGAAUUACGUUUAGUGAAUAGUGUUGUUUAUAGAACAAUAGUAUAAAUGAAUGAAAAAAAAUGUAAAAUAUGUCUUAAAAUACGCUUAUUUUUUUUAUAAAAUGGAAAAUUUUAAAAAUACUCUCAUUUUUAAAUGUAUACCUUGUAUCAUGUUAAUGAUAACCGUAGUAAUUAUAUACCGAAAAUGUGUACAUUGUGUAUAUAGCAAAAUUUAUGUUUUUGGGCAAAAGUAUUUAAUAAAUUUAAUUAAAACUUC